CCCCCCGGCCCGCGCCCCGGCCGCCGGCAUGGUGCUGCUGGCCGGGCCCGGGCCGGAGGGCGGCGGGGCGCGCCGCGUGUCCCCAGAACCACCGUCCCCACCUCGGGACGCGCAGGCCGGGGAGGACCCAGCUGACUACGAGGAGUACGAGGACUUCUCGAGUCUGCCCGACACCCGCAGCAUCGCCUCGGACGACUCCUUCUACCCUUACGGAGAUGAGGAGGAGUACAGCUCGGUGAGCGCGGAGAGCGCUCCGGAGGCCGUUCCGGAGGGCGUCCCGGAGGCGGCAACCCUCCUGCGCGCCGCCUGCGCCAACGACGUGGGGCUGCUGAGGGCGCUGGUGCGGCGGGGGCCCAGCGCGGAGGAGGUGCAGGAGACCGAUCGCAACGGCCGGACCGGCCUUAUUGUCGCCUGCUACCAUGGCUUUGUGGAUACUGUGGUGGUCUUAGCAGAGUGCCCCCAUGUUGAUGUCAACUGGCAGGACAGCGAGGGGAACACGGCCCUCAUCACGGCUGCCCAGGCAGGGCACGUCACCAUCACCAACUACUUGUUGAACUAUUUCCCUGGUCUUGACCUUGAAAGGAGGAAUGCGUUCGGGUUCACGGCCCUGAUGAAAGCCGCCAUGCAGGGCCGGACGGAGUGCAUCCGAGCCCUGAUGCUAGCAGGGGCGGAUGUCCACGCCAGGGACUCCCGCCGGGGGAUGUCCUCCCAGGAGUGGGCUACCUACACCGGACGGUUUGAAGCGGUUCGGCUCAUCCAGAGGCUACUGGAGCGACCCUGCCCGGAGCAGUUUGGGGAAAAGUACAAGCCAGAGCUGCCACUGGCCCUGGAAGCGGGUCAGAAGCCCGCGGGAUCCAAGAGCUGCUUGCAGAAGCUCACGGAUUUUGUGCGGUCCACGCUGAGCUCCCGCUCGCGCCAAGGCCUGGAGGAUGGGGGCGCCCUGGACCACAUGGUCAAGAUGACCACGAGCCUCUACAGCCCCGCCGUGGCCAUCGUCUGCCAGACCGUGUGCCCCGAGAGCCCCCCCUGUGUGGGCAAAAGGCGGCUGGCUGUGCAGGAGAUCCUGGCAUCGCGCGGGGAUCCGGACACGCAAGCCCAGGAAAGGGACAAGGGGGAGGGCCCCGAGCCGCAAUCCCAGACUUCCCAGGCCGUGGGGGUCUCCAAAGAGGAGGCCCCCAGAGCCGGCCUCGCGUCUUCGCAGCCGCCGGCCGCCCCCCGGAGGGCCAGCCUCCUGCCCCUGCAGCUGUUGCGGCGGAGCAGCGUGCGGCCCGGCAUGACCAUCCCCAAGGUGCGUGUCAGCAAGGCGCCCGCGCCCACCUUCCAGCCCGAGCGGGCGGCCCGGGGCAGCACCAAGGACAGCAGCCACCUGCAGCUGCCCAAGUGGCGGUACAAGGAGGCCAAGGAGGAGAAGCGGAAGGCGGAGGAGGCGGAGAAGCAGCGGCUGGCCGCCGCGCAGAAGGAAAAGCGGACGUCGUCCUGGAGAAAAAGGACGUGAGGGGGGUGUGUCCGGCGCGCGGGGGCGAGGCAGGACGCAGAGCCCGCCGGCCGGGCAUGCGGAACUGCCGGGAGCCCUGGGGGGAGGCGGCCGGGCGCUGGGUGCGGUCCUCCCUGGAAGUGUGCGCCCCCGCCCCGCCCUUGCAUUUUACGCACAACACCUCCCAGGGCGCACAGGCUCCCUUCGCGGCCCAGAAAACGCUCCUGUUUGUUCAGGCUGCACCCAAGAGUGAACUGGGCCAAGCCCUAAUUGAAUCGCCUGAAACCAGUUCCCCCAGCAAUCAGUUCUCGUAGUGGGCAUUCUACCGAAAACUCGACCACUGAGCCAGCAGAGAAGCCCCCCUUAGAACCUCAGUGCAGAGACAUUUAAGACCAGUUUAUCCAAAGGACAUUUUCUGUAUAGUUUUGUAUUUUUCAGUUAUGAUCAGACUUACAGCACUUGACCAGUGACAGGGCUGUUUGUAAAUAUUUAUGACGGUCUUAAUGCAUUUGUCUGAAGACCCUUUGUUUAAAAUACUGUUUCUAGCAAUAAUUAUUUGUGCUAUCUCUAUUCUGUUUCACAUAGAAUUUGUGGCAUUCUCCUGUAGGCCCCCUUUUGCUUUUUUUAUUGGGGGGCUUUGCCUUUCCAUCUCCUUGGGGGUGCUCAAAAGCACCACACGUCCUUAUUUGGAUUAAGUAAUGUCGAAGAUUUCUAUUGGAUAAAGCCAUUUGCUUUACGGCAAAAUAAUCAAGUAAGACAGAGGAGUCAAAUUACCUUUAAUUUCUGAAGCUCUCUUUUCCAUCCAGUGGUAAAAAUGAAGAAAGCCCAAUUGUCAAAGUAUGAGACUGAAUAGAAGAGUGUAUGUAUUGCUAGAACUAAGCUCAUUUUAAGCAAGGGAUUUUAGAUAAUCUGCAUAUAAAGUCUUGAGCAUACUCAAAAAUAGAAAAAAAGUGUUUAAGAAAAUGGGGGCAACUCUAAUAAAUUAUUACUAGAAGUACAAAAUUAAGUUAUGUGCUCUUAGACAAUUGAAUUAAAAUAUCCUUAAGAUGUAAAAAGAGACGCUAAAAGUGUAGAGUUCUGCAAACUACUGACAGGUGGGCCAUACAUUUUUUGAGAAAUAGGGAUUAGAGCUGAAUGUUAAGCAAACAUGUUUUUGGCAAAUUCUCCUGGAGUGAGCUGGGUUGCUUCCUCCUCCCGGCUCAAUUCUGACAGAUACCUGGUGUGAAAUUUUAUUUUUCCUUUGAUGAAAGCCCCUGAUGUUCAGUUCAUCCUCAUGCAGGCUUUGUAGACUUGCCAAGAUUCGGGAACUUUGGCAGCACAUGGGUGUGGUAUGCCCCAGGCCCUGAGCGCUCCGUGGGAGUUUUCUGUCCAUACUUGUAUCUCCAAAAAACUGAGAAAUACUAAUGAAUCUCUGGCUCUCUGGGUUGCAGAGUAUCUUUCACAUAUGCACUACCAACAGCACUUUAUUUAAAUAUUAUCCUGCGUAUAAGCCAUAGAUUUAAAAUAUUGCAGACCAGUGGGAAGCCGUUUAUUCUGUCUCUGGAUUUACAGGGGAAAUUGUGCUCCCUGGCCAUGUGGUGACGAGCGCCCAUCCAUCUCAUGAGUUGGGCGGCAUGGCACUGGCUGUCCCUCCUCUUGCCCCCACCCCCCACUAUCAGACACUGAGCAUCUUACACUCAUCUCUCCAAAAACCUCGAUGAACAGACCAUCAGGCUGCACCCAGACUAAUGGGAGGCAGAUGUGACGAUAAUCCAUCUUUUGAAGUCAGAUUUUAGUGAAUUCCUCCCUAGUUCCAGAAGGGCCCAAGAAGAAUGGCCCAGAGGUCUGGACCCGCUUUGAACAUCACUGAUGUGUUUGGCUGUGGGUCACCCUUGAGCCUAAGAGUUUGGCUUGGCCAAGUGCCUUUGGAUGAGAUGAGUGUUGGCCCCCAAGGUGGAGAGAAACAUGGCUUGUCUCCCUGAUGGGCCAGUAAGACCAUGUUUUGUGUUGAUAUGUUUUGGUUGCUUUGAAUGGUUGGCUGCGCUUUCCUCCCCAAGGGCUCACCCCUCCCUCUCCUCCAGUGUCGAUCAGGGAUGGGGGCACCGACGGGCAGUGCCCCCCCCAGCUCUGUCACCAUGUAAGUUCCCUGCUGGCCCUUUUGCCUCCUUAUUCUUGCUGUUUUCUGCCUAUCUUCUGCUCCAGAUUUAGCUAAAAUGCCUUGAUCAUCCCUGGCGCCACUACUCAGAGGUCUAAAAAGAGCAGAAAGUGGUGGAGUUGUGGGAGAUCGACAGUGUCCCUGGUAACUUGCUGCAUCAUGCCCUCCAGACACUCAAGAGUGAAUGGACCGCAGAUUUCGCCUGCUGCUUUUGUGCAGAAUUCCGCCCCACCCACCACCUUCUUGCCAUUUAGGGAGGGAGAUUUAGCUUGCUCUCCUGACAGAUGGGGUUUUCCUGGUGGCUCAGCUGGUAAAGAAUCCGCCCGCAAUGAGGGAGGCCUGGGUUCGAUCCCUGGGU